AUGGAGAACAUUUCCAUCAACAUGGACGUCCUGCAGCUGGAGGGAUUGAAGGUGACCCCUCAGUACUCUACCCUUGCCUUCGUACUUCUCCUCAUCAUCUACAUCUUCAUCUUGCUGUCCAACGUCGGCCUGGUGCUGCUCAUCACCCUGAGCAGGAGCCUCCACGACCCGAUGUACUUGCUCUUGUGCAACAUGAACAUCAACGAUGCGUUCGGAGCCACCACUGUCAUACCCAAACUACUCAGCAGCAUGUUCACGCCGCUCUCCGACCGCUACGUGCUCUACAUGGACUGUGUGCUUCAGGCUUUUUGUGCCCACUUCCACGCUGGGACCUCCCACGCUGUUCUAAUGAUAAUGGCAUUCGACCGCUAUGUUGCCAUCUGCAACCCUCUUCGCUACGCGACCAUCAUGACCGGCAGGAUGGUGGUGAAACUGUCGGUGGCGGCGUGGGUGGCAGCGUUUGUGUCUGUGGCCAUUCUGCUAGGCCUCACUUUGCGACUGUCGCGCUGCAGGCGGGCCAUCGUCAACCCGUACUGCGACAACGCGUCGCUCUUCAAGCUGUCCUGCCAGAACCUGCUAGUGAACCACAUAUACGGACUAGGCAGCGCUGUGGUGAUCCUCGGCUCCUCGCUCGGCUGCGUGGCGCUCACGUACCUGCGGAUCUUGGUGACUUGUCUGAGCAGCAGAAACAAGGUGGUGAACAGCCGCGCGCUGAAGACCUGUGCCACCCACCUGGCUGUCUACCUCAUCAUGCUGGUGUCCUCCUUCACACCCAUGAUCAUGCACCGCAAGCCGCAGUGGGCCGACAGUGGCAAGGUGGCGUCUGUCAUGUUUUUCGUGGUCCCGCCAGCACUGGACCCCAUCAUAUACGGGCUGCAGUGCAAAGAGCUGCGACAUAAGAUCUCUGUGCUCUUUCAAAGGAAAAAAGUGAUGGACAGUUGUUGA